AUGUCUUCUACCAUCGCGUUGAUUUCGCUCUUUGUGAGCAUCGCCCGUUCCCAACAAGUUGGCACUCUCACAGCAGAAGUUCACCCCGCCCUCACCUGGCAGACCUGCACUGCAGGAGGAGCCUGCACUACCAACAACGGCAAGAUAGUUCUUGAUUCGAACUGGCGUUGGCUGCACUCGACCUCAGGUUCCACCAACUGCUACACUGGGAACACCUGGGACACCACACUCUGCCCGAACGAUGUUACUUGCGCGACAAACUGUGCCUUGGAUGGAGCCGACUAUUCUGGUACUUAUGGUAUCACAACCAGCGGCAGUGCUUUGAGACUCAACUUUGUUACUUCUUCAGCACAAAAGAAUGUUGGGUCACGCGUAUAUCUCAUGGCCGAUGACAACACUUACCAGGAAUUCAAUAUGCUCGCUCAAGAGUUUACUUUUGAUGUGGAUGUCUCUCAUCUUCCAUGCGGCAUUAACGGCGCCCUGUAUAUGUCAGGCAUGGCAAAGGACGGAGGUCUGUCUCAGUAUUCCGGCAACAAAGCUGGAGCCAAGUACGGUGUCGGCUAUUGUGACUCUCAAUGCCCUCGUGAUCUCAAAUUUAUCAACGGCCAGGCCAAUGUGGAAGGCUGGGUUCCCUCGAGCAAUAACGUUAACACAGGCAUCGGUAAUCAUGGGUCAUGCUGUGCGGAAAUGGAUAUCUGGGAGGCGAAUUCCAUUUCAGCAGCCUUUACUCCCCACUCUGCCGAUGUUGCAACGCAGACUAUGUGUACCGGGGACGCAUGCGGAGGUGCAGCCUCUUCCAACCGCUACGCCGGAACCACAGAUCCAGACGGAUGUGAUUUCAACUCCUACCGUAUGGGAAACACUACCUUCUACGGCCCAGGCAUGACCGUAGAUACCAACUCAGUCUUUACCGUGGUCACCCAAUUUCUCACGGAUACCGGAACUUCUUCCGGAACAAUGAACGAGAUCAAGCGCUUCUACGUCCAGAACGGCAAAGUGAUUCCUAACUCCAUGUCGACGAUUUCCGGUGUCACCGGCAACUCAGUCACCCCCGCAUUUUGCAAUGCUCAAAAAACCGUCUUCGGUGAUACCAACGAUUUCGCAACCCAUGGUGGCUUCAACUCCAUGACGACCGCUAUGAAGGACGGCAUGGUCCUCGUCCUCUCUCUCUGGGAUGACUACGAUGUUGACUUGCUCUGGCUCGACAGCGACUACCCCACGACCGCGAACCCAAGCACGCCGGGAAUCGCACGCGGCACUUGCUCUACCAGCUCCGGUGUUCCUGCCACUGUGGAAGCCAAUAGCCCUAACUCCUAUGUCAUCUACUCAAACAUCAAGGUUGGGCCUAUCGGCUCUACUUUCUCAUCUGGCACGGGCUCCGGCUCUAGCAGCUCGUCAGCGACCACGUUGAAGACUUCAACUACAUCGAAGGCCUCCACGAGCACCAGUCCGGCAACGAGCACUACCUCUGCGGCCAGCGGGACUGUACCACAUUACGGGCAGUGUGGUGGGCUCACCUACACGGGUGCGACGGUUUGCGUUAGCCCAUAUACUUGCACUUAUUCCAAUGCGUACUAUUCUCAGUGCUUGUAAGUGCUUUACGCAGUGGACUUCGUUGGGUUUGGGCCAAAUGGUCAUAAAAUGGGGUUUUGUGGAGGAGAAAGUAGCUGGAGUGGUCGGUGUCUGGGUGAAGUGGGG